AUGGCAUCGCAAACGAUCGUUAGACCAACAUCUUUGGUCGAUCUCUCUUCGAUGAAAACUUGGGGUUUGGAAGGUUUGACAAAAGCUAAAUUCACUUUUGACACGAAAACAACAACAGCCACCAUCCUCACCUUAGUCAUCUCCUUAUUACUCCUCGAACAACUGGUCUACAGAACCAAGAAAGCUCAUUUACCAGGAGCCAAAUGGACGAUACCUGUUAUUGGUAAAUUCGCUGAUUCGUUGAAUCCUACUUUGGCGAAUUACAAAGCGCAAUGGAAUUCUGGACCACUAUCGGCUGUUUCCGUAUUUAACAUCUUUAUCGUCAUCGGUUCUUCCAAUGAGAUGGCCAGAAAGAUUCUCAACUCCCCCAACCACGCUGAACCAUGUCUUGUCGCUUCCGCAAAGAAAGUGCUUUCUCCCGAUAACUGGGUCUUCCUUCACGGUAAAGUUCAUGCCGAUUACAGAAAAUCUUUGAACGUUCUCUUCACCAAACAGGCUCUCUCUGUUUAUCUUCCUAUUCAAGAACGAAUCUACCGAUCCUACUUCAACAAAUGGAUGUCUGACCCCUCACCAGCCAAACCAUACAUGAUGGAAAUGAGAGAUUUGAAUAUGGAUACAUCCCUUUCGGUAUUCGUCGGACCAUACGUCACUGAAGCUCAGCGAGCUGAGAUCAACGAAAAAUACUGGUUGAUCACCAUCGCCCUUGAACUAGUCAACUUCCCCUUCGCUUGGCCAGGAACCAAGAUUUACAAUGCCAUCCAAGCCAGAAAAGCUUGUAUGAAAUACCUCGAGUCGGCCAGUGCUCAAUCCAAAAUCCGAAUGUCGGACCCCAACGCUGAAUCCGAAUGUUUGUUGGACGAAUGGGUAAAAGCUAUGAUCCAAGCUAGAAAAGCACAGGAUGACGGAGAAACUACCAAAUUGCUCUCUCGUGAAUACUCUGAUAACGAAAUUGCCAUGGUUUUACUUUCGUUCUUGUUCGCUUCUCAAGAUGCCAUGUCUUCCGCUAUCGUCUACGCUUUCCAACUUACCGCUGACCACCCUGAGGUCCUCGCUAAGAUCAGAGAAGAACAAUACAGGAUUAGAGGAAAUGACUUGGACAGACCAUUGACACUUGACAUGGUCGAUGAUAUGGUAUACACCAGAGCGGUGGUUAAGGAAGCUAUGAGAUACAGACCUCCUGUCAUUAUGGUCCCAUACGAAACUACCAAAGCAUUCCCCGUUUCACCCGAGUACACCGUCCCCAAAGGAUCUAUGAUCAUCCCCGCUUUCUGGAACUCAUUACACGACGAAACGUGUUACCCUGAACCCGACGUUUUCAAACCUGAAAGAUGGUUACCCAACGAAGAUGGAUCUGCACCUUUGGCUGAAUCGAAGCCUCAAAACUACUUGGUCUGGGGAAGCGGUCCACACAAGUGUAUCGGUGGUCAAUACGCUUCGAUGCACGUUACUGCUACCCUCGGUACCGCAUCUGUAUUGAUGAAUUGGGAACAUGAAGUGACGCCUGAUUCAGAGGAAGUCAAAGUUAUUGCUGCCAUUUUCCCCAAGGAUGAACUACGACUUAAAUUCUCACCUCGAGCUCCUCCCGCUUAA